AAUUCACGAAUCUUACCAUUACUCUUCCACCUUCGUCCCCCUCUCCGUGUUUCUUUUGCUCUUAAACCCUAAAAAUUAGCAACCAAGCCUAAGCCAGAAAGUGCCAAAUCUCACUGUUUUACAAGCACACCUCUCCAUCUUAGACUUACAAAUGAAAAGAAAUCGAAAUCAAUGUUAACAAUUACUAUUGUUUCAAAAAUAUCCCCCACAUUUUCUCCCCCCAAAACACCCCAAUCUUUGUAGCCUCUCGAUUCUUCCCAAUUCAAAUUCUGUCCACAUUAAAACCCACAAUGCCUUGAACUAGUCCUCCAAUUUUUCCAAUCCCAAUUCCAAAACUGACCGUGUGGUGAGGUCCAGGUGAUCGGAGGAUCCAUGUUUGCUGGCAAGACGGCCACGCUGCUUCGCCGAAUCCAGGCUCAAACCAACAAUUGCAGCUUUCAGGCCAAGCUUCUUAAGGAGUACACACAACUGAAUAAGGUUUUAAGGGGUCUUUGUUUUACGGGAAGACUGAGGGAAGCUGUUGGGCUUUUAUGGCGUACGAGAUUGAAAGCAGAUGCUGCAACGUAUGCUCUUCUCUUGCAAGAAUGCCUAUUCAGGAAAGAACAUAAAAGUGGGAGAAGGAUCCAUGCACAUAUGGUUGUUAUUGGAUAUGUACCCAAUGAAUAUCUUAAGAUCAAGUUGUUGAUAUUGUAUGCAAAAUCAGGGGAUUUAAGAACUGCCUAUGUUCUGUUUGAUAAUUUACUAGAGAAAACUUUGAUUUCUUGGAAUGCAAUGAUUGCUGGAUUUGUGCAAAAAGGUUGUGGAGAAUUUGGACUUGACCUCUAUUACAAUAUGAUAAAGAAUGGUGUAUCGCCUGACCAGUACACUUUUGCAUCCGUAUUUAGAGCCUCUGCUUCCUUAGCCUCAUUAGAGCAUGGGAAGCGAGCUCAUGGGGUCCUGAUAAAGAGCCAUAUUAGGGAAAAUGUUGUGGUCAGCAGUGCUCUCAUGGAUAUGUAUUUCAAAUGCAGCAGUCUUACCGAUGCUCAUCGGGUAUUUAAUGAAGUUGUAAAUAGAAAUGUUUUUACUUGGACGAGCUUGAUAUCUGGAUAUGGCCAGCAUGGAAGGGUUAAUGAGGUUCUAGAAUCAUUUGAUAAAAUGAUAAAUGAAGGUUUUAGACCAAACUAUGUUACCUUUCUUGCAGUUCUUUCUGCAUGUAGCCAUGGAGGCUUGGUUAAUGAAGGUUGGCACUAUUUCUUAUCGAUGAAAAGAGACUAUGGAAUCCAACCAAGAGGGCAGCAUUAUUCUGCCAUGGUUGAUCUAUUAGGUCGUUCUGGAAAGUUGCAUGAAGCUUAUGAGUUUGUUCUUAACUCACCUUUUAAGGAGCACCCAGCCAUAUGGGGUGCUUUGCUUGGGGCCUGUCGUAUUCACGGGGAUAUGGAUCUGGUAAAGCUUGUGGCAGAUAAAUACCUUGAAUUGGAGCCCGAAAAUUCUGGAACAUAUGUUCUCUUGUCUAAUACCUAUGCCACUUUUGGUUUUUGGGAAAAUUUGGCAGCACUUAGGAGGAAAAUGAGGAAUUCUGGGGUCAUAAAGGAGCCUGCUUAUAGCUGGAUUGAGAUUCAAGGGGAGGUCCACUUCUUUUUGAGGGGUGAUGUAUCUCAUAGAUGUUCUGCGGAGAUUUACGAGUUGAUCAAAUUAAUGCCUUCCAUUUUAAAGGAUCCAGACUAUGUUCCUGAUAUAAUUAGCUCCUAAAAUCCUAUGUCUUGCCCCUUAUUCUGGUGUUAUGUUGAGAAGACGAGCUGGUCUAAAGUUCUAAAGGUUCUUUAUGUUUGAAUCUUACUGGUAAUGUGUUAGGAGAGACGUAAUGAAUCUGGUCACCCUGUCAAUAGAAGUGUGGCUUUAGUAAAAUCAAAGAAAGAUGCAAGACAUGGGUUGGAUUCAAUUGUGACACAUAAUGGCAUGAAACUACCAUGUUGGUCGUUCGAAAAUUUAUCUUCUUCAUUCAGCCAAAAAACUGCUCCACAAUGCCCUAUGAUGAGGUCUGCCAGCAUCAAAAUUUGAUGCCUUUUGUCAGGUAUGAUGACUGCAUUUCAUUUUAAGGUUUGUAUCUGGCUUUUCUUUGUACCAUUCUCUCGAGCGUCCCCAGUCUUAAGGGUGGCAUAUGCCAUUGAUGGAGCUCAAUUCUUUGAAGACCCUUUAUAACUCAUCAUGGCAAAACUGUGAUGGCGACUGAGGAAUUUAUUUGAUAGAGAUACUAUUGUUUUCAGGGUGCAAGUAUAAUCAUUACUGGUUUUACUUAUAUUCUUGACGCACGCUUAUGGUUUCAUCCAUCCAGUUCUUGCUCCGCACAAGGAGCUUGGGAUCUGUGCUUGAUGUCAUACCUCUUACUGGUUUUAGAGUUGAAAAAACUUGGAGAAAAAAGUGUUUAUAAUUUAUCCCUUCCUUUUAAAAGAAUGUAAUUCUGAACUAAUUUAUUUAUCCCUUCCUUUCCCUCCUCCUUUGUUUAUAUUUAUUUUCAUCGUUGUAAUCAAAUAGCAUCAGUAUGAAGAAAAUAAAGUUCACGUCUUUAUAA